UUUCUUUCCUCGGUAGGUGCUGAAAACCUCUUACUCGGCGUACAAUUUGCUGCAGUGAACCAAGGGACGCCGAAAGCCGCGUGCAAACCCAUCGGACGUACAGAAGAAAACUGAGAUUGUUCGUUCCGGGGAAGUGGAGGGAAGAGGGCAAGCGAUCAACUGAAUGUAGACUGCGACAAAAAAUGUUGCUGAUAGAAAUAAAUAUUCGAGAAAACUGAUAAUGUCUGUACGUCUGAAAGAGCGAUUCCCCUGGCACAACAGCGUUUCUCGCCGAAACGCCUGUUUACUCGAAAUACGAUCGCAGAGAGAAAAUUGCGCGAACAAAGAAUCAACAACGCACAGAUAGUCGCGGCUAGUUUGAAAGUUAAGAUUACCCUUUCAUCGUCCUGUAACGAUCCUGUCUCCGUCCGAUAACUCCACUUGUCGGUCUCACAGUGACGGUAAGAAAUAAUGUGAAGGGUAGCGAAGGGAAGUUACGUUCAGGAAAGGUUGCGUGCUUAUUAUCGGAAUAGAAGUGUAUUCGCCGAGUAAGUCGUGUGGCUGGAAAUAAUUACGAUAAUGGCAUAGUCUACGUACUACAGAAGGGAAGCCGACUGAUCCGAGGGUGCAGGGAAAGGAGGGUACCGAUACUCGAUAGCGGCCAGUAACGCAUCAACUUUUGUCGUAGAAACUGUCGAGACGUAGCGAUAUCGCCAACCGAAUGGUUAUCCCAGCGAAUCUUCGACGAUCGAUUAGCAACGACCUCUUAACGAUAUACUACACGUUCGGUGUUGCGAACGAACAAACUUCUGGAAUUUAGACGUGUAACGGGCCGACUCGGCAACAGAAUAGGAAAGUCGUAAGUUUCUCUUGGUCGGAAAGGAGAUCUAUUUCAAAGGGCAGAAACACACUUCGGAUGAACACUAUUGGAACAAAAGUUCAUCGAACGAACGAUGCCAACGCUGCAAUGGACGUCCACGGUAUUGUCAGCGUUGGGCUGCCAAAGACCGUCCACUUGGACGAGCCCGCCGAGAAAGUUCUGGUACAAAGUUUACGGGUUUGCGACGCUACUUAUGGUACAGACUGUGGCGGCAUCGGCGAUUCUGGAUAUAGCGUUCAACGUGAGGAAUCAGGAUGAUUUCAGCGACAACUUGUACCUCAGCAUGCCCAUGGUGAUUUCUUGCUGUAAGAUGUGCGCCUUCUUAGCCAAUCGCGAAAGCAUUACGUCUCUACUGAACUCUUUGCAAGAGAAACCCUACUCGCCUGCCGGCACAGUGGAGAUGAGCAUCGACGCGAAGUACGAUCGCAUAAACGAGUGAGUUUUUCCUUCCCCUAAUCCCUUCCCCUAAUCCCUUCCCCUAAUCCCUUAACGUAAUCGUCGAAUUUUCACUCUAUAAGAAAAAAGUGUUUGCCGAUAGAGUGAUUCCGAUUGAAAAAUAUGAUCUCGUUGCGAGAUAAAGAACAAUUCCAUAGGCUUCUCAGGAUGAAGUUUCUUUAAAAAGGAUUCUUACCAUGAUUGCAGGAGAAUAACGGUCGGAUACACGAUUUUAACCGAAUUUUCCGUAGCAAUAUCGUUAAUCGCGGCGAUAAUAGAAAAUCCGAAGAACAGGGCGUUGACGUUUCGCGCAUGGGUUCCCUACGACUACUCGUCGCUGCCU